AUGGUCAAAUUCGAUCCCAACCUCCACUUUCGAUCAGUGGAGGAAUUGAAUGGCGCCCUCCUCUUCUCUAGACAGGAAGGAUGUGUCGACUGCGCAAAUGUCAGAUCACCCUCCUGCCCGCGUUGUCCCUCAGGCGAGGUUUGCUCCUUGACCAUCCCGUCAUGUAACCAAUGCGCCAGGGCGAUAUGCAUCGAGGACGAUACCGCGCCCAACGGAGAGUCAAGAAGCAACGAAGGCGGUCCGAACACGGGCGCCAUAGCCGGCGGUGUAGUGGGUGGUGUUGUCGUCAUUGCCGUCCUCUCCUUCCUGGUAUGGAAGUUCUGCGUCAAACCCAAGCGACGACAGCUCGAUCAAGAACCGUACGGUAGCAUGUCGGACGAGGGCACGGGCGUGGAAAAGGACCAUAAUCCUCGGCGUGACCACCGCACUUCUGUUCAUACCGUUCACUCGAUUGCGUCCACGGUCCUCACCCGCGCCUCGAAUAUCAUUCAGAUCGCCUAUAUCCCGGGCGUCACCAACCGAGCUACCCCAACAUCACCCAACGUCCUCGUUCCGCCUGUUCCGCCCAUCCCCAUGCAUGCUGCCAACUCUGCCGCCAACAGCCCUAGCUACGAGGAUCAACACUUCUUCAUGCCCGGCGACCUACGCAAUUCGACGUACUCGGGCUUGUCCCAAGACAGCGAUCGCCAAUCCUACGCCCGCGGCUCGUACGCUCACCGCUCCAGCAUUGCGCCCAGCAUUGCGUCCACCAUCUAUGGCAAGAAUGCCGUCGUGGUGGCUCCGGCACAGACCGGUAUGAGAGCCAAGGCGGCCAUGGUCAGCGUGAAGUCUAUCGGUGGUUCCACCGGCAGCGGCGCAAGCACACCGCCUGUCCCCAGCAUCGACUUUGAGAAGUAUGAGGGAGCAGGGCCACGGGACAGCACAUUCAGCGUGGGCUCUACGUUCCUGAACAAUGCCAGCACCGCAACGGCCACGCCGGCUCGUGCACAGGUCGUUCGACUCGGCAGCGGUAAUCAGGUGAAGCAGGUCAGCGUCGGCACGAGACCCGAGCUGGUAGGAUCUAUGCCCCGUAGUCCAGGGACGACUUCGACGACAACGACCUCGACAAACAUCCGGGACUCUAACUCCACCACCGUCGUUGGCGAGAGUCCGGCUGCUGACCAAGGGCCCUUCUCCGAUCCACCUUCAUCUCCGGGCGCCAACAAGAGCACCACGAGCCUUAGCGCUGUCAUUGAGGAAGCCACGAGACGAGCUGCUUCUGGUCCAGACAGGAGAUCGAAGCGUCACAGCACGCAAGAGCGCGGCGCCAGUCCCUUCGACGACGAGCAUGCGACACGAGACUAG